UGCCCUUGAGGUCAAUUAUCCUCUACAUCUCAAAGGCAGGAACCGGUCUCGUCCGAAUCGCACGUACCGGGGGACCGGCUGCCUUCGUAGGUCCCAAUUCACUGUACAUAGUCUUCACUCCUCCCCAUUUUCGUUCAGCGGGGGGUGUAGUUUCACGCUAGUAUAAUGACAUUUACGUCUCACUCGUACGACUUUGGCUCAAGGAAAACAAGGUGCGACUAGGUGGCGCUUCUAGGUCGUUUUCCUGUAACUACAGUAAUAAUUAAGAAAUAUAUAAAUAUAUAUGUAUAUAAAUGUAAUCGAUGAAAUAUUGCUUUUCCCCACAGGCCUAGCAAAGGAUUCUCGCUUGUCUCUGGAGGUUGGGGCUUGAUGCUGUGCUCGCUCAACAUCGCCUCAACGUUCGCAGCAACCGUCCACAAACGAGCAUUCAGACCUUUGUGGCGUCCCCAUCAAGGGAAGGAUUUGGAGGUGGUUCGGUUUUGGAUGGAUGGACCAGGUGUCUGAUUGGUUUGACCGCCAUUGAAUCAUGAGUUUUGAUGGUGCGCGGGGUGCAGCGUUUUAUGAGGUUUGCAGUUUGCGUCGUGGCUCAAUUGGCAUUGGGUUUCCCGGGUGGUGUGCGCCUGUAGCGUGCCGUUGGGAUUUGCAGAUGAUGGCCCUUCGAUCCUGCCAAUUGAAUGCCUGUGUCAUGUGUAAAAACUCGGACUGAGGGUGUGCUCAGCUUUGGAUGAACUCCAAAAUGUGGUGUGAGAGCGUCACGUAAGAGUGUCUCACCAGAGUCACGCUAGGGCCGCUAGGGAAGAGUGUCCCAGAAGAGUGUUGCACAAGAGCUUCAAGCUAAAGUCUCCUACGAGAGUGCAACUCGACUGUGUCCUGGAAAAGUGUCUCAUAGGCCGCAUCAGAGCGUCCUACACAUGUUGUUUCUGCAGCCGUGUGCCACAAGGGUGUCCUGCAAGAAUGUUGUGCACGAGCGUCCUCCAAAGUGUCGCACCAUGUCACAUCAAAGUGUUUCUGAAGAGUGCCCCCGUGAGUGUCGCGCAAGAGUGGUGUGCUUUCCAGGACUUUUGCCGUACUACUAUUUCUGUCACCACGAGUUUCCCCGGAUUCGGUUGUUCCGGCGCCUGACAUGUUAGUGUUUUGCAUUUGGGUUUGUGGUUUAUGUCAGGUUUCUCUUUUUAGGCAGGGUCUUGUGUUUUGUUCAUAAUUGUUCCCCUUGCAAAAAAUGGAUGGGCCUUGGCCUCAAGUGCAAUGUGUUGUUUGCUGGAUGCACCACGUGUGCGCAGAGCCGGGCGCAUCAGGCAACUCAUGUGGUGGCUAUGACCCAAGCCCUUCCGGACACAGCAAUGGACACAAUGCAGCUGUGGAGAAGAUGGUGCCGGAAGACAGUGACUUGUUUCGCGCUGGAUUCGUAUGAGCGUCGUACGAUUCAGCAGUGUGUCCUUCGCUGCAAAGGGACCCACUGCUUCGUGUAAGGAUCAAGUCUUCAGUUCAGCCCCAAAUCGCUCAUGGCGACCAAGUGAUGCAGCGACUGCCAGGAAAUCUAUCAGAGACCUUGAGAUGGAGCUGAGCUUGGACAGAGACCGUUUACGGCUGAUGAUUCAGCAGGGUGUUCAUAAGUCGAAAAGUGGGCUGAAGCGAACCGUGCGCCAUGUGCAAACAGAUAUAGAUCGGGAGGGCCUCUACCGCUAUAGACGAGAGAUGGUGGAGGACGUGGAGAAUCGAGGAAAGCGUAUCCAGCAGGCACUCCAUGACUCCGCCCGAGCACGGAAGGAUUUGCAAGGUUGUGUGGAGGCAUUGAGGGAGACCAUGACUGGAGAAGGCAAAAAGAAAAAGGCCAAGGACAAGAACAGGCGUAUGUCUUGGUCAACUGAGCGCUUAGAAGCCAUUCGCAAGAAGCUGGAAGAGUUCAUCCUGACGGGUACGGUGAAGGACUGAAGAAAGAGGUCAUGAGUCAUUGCCCUAGGGGUCGGCCAGCUUGGCACCAAGGCACAUCAAGCAGUUUAGAUGCUCAGUAAUUCGCAUGAAAGACAGGUGCCGUGCAAACGCACUUGCAUUGUUUCAGGAGACGGCCCCCUUUAAUUCUGC